UGCUGUGGGUGGCUUGAACGAGAACGUUCUCUUCAGUAUGACUAACUCACCAACAAAGGCCAUGCUUUUCCUCUUACUCUUCAGAAUCCUGGUUUUCACUAUCUGCGUCAUUUCCUACACUCCUGAUGAUAAUUUUGCAGUCAAUUGCGGUAGCUCCGACAAUUCUCCUUCUUUAGUUGGCCGGAGCUGGACCGGAGAUAAUGACUCAGAAAAAUUCUCUCCGAUCAAAUUCCCCGAUAGCAAAGACUCAUCGGUAAGUGCCAAGGCACCUUUCAAAACAACCCCUUACGAUACCGCGCGUGUCUCUUGCUCUGAAAUCUCCUACUUGUUUCCAUUGAAGACCCACGGCCACAAGUUUAUUCGCCUUCAUUUUUACCCAUUUUCCUACGACCCCAACUUCCUUCGCUCCGACUCGUUCUUCUCCGUCAUAGUUGGAUCUCACACUCUGUUGAAAGACUUCAAUGCUUCAGUCACCGCCGAUGAGGCUCGGAAAGAAACCAUUUUACGAGAGUACUGUGUCAAUAUUUAUGACCCCAGUGAGGGGCUUAUGAUAACCUUCACGCCCAGCCCAUCUCAUCAAAAUGCCUAUGCUUUCGUCAAUGGCAUUGAGGUUGUCUCUAUGCCCACCUUUCUUUAUUACACAAACCCAGGCAACCUGCAGGCAAUGAUGCUAAAUGGUGGAACCCAACAGUAUGAGAUCGAAAAUAAUAAAGCUCUGGAGACUGUGUACAGAAUCAAUGUUGGUGGGAGUCAAAUCCCGACCGAAAAAGAUACAGGCAUGUAUCGUUAUUGGGACCAGGAUAAUGACUACUUGGAGAGGGAGCGACUGCAAAGUAUUUCAGCAGGCUUUGGUUUACAUCCAAUUUACAGAGAUGAUCAAAAUUAUUUUGCACCUGAUGAAGUAUACAUGACUGCCAGAAACUAUGGGAUGAAAGAAACGUCCAUAUUUAACGUGACUUGGGAAUUUGAAGUUGACUUAGGAUUUACUUAUAUGGUGAGAUUGCAUUUUUGCGAGUUUGAUGAACACAUUGAAAAAGCUGGAGACAGGGUUUUCCAAAUCUUCAUAAAUGAUGCUUUGGUGGAGCCUGUCGCCGAUGUGAUGUUGUGGACUCAGAGUCAGAGGAAUGUUCCCGUGCAUAGGGACUAUGCGGCGUCGAUGCAGGGCAAGGGAAGCUUGAAGAAGCUGAAUCUUUCAAUUAAGUUGCAACCACACCCAACCGCGAGAAGCAGCUACAGAGAUGUUUUAUUGAAUGGUAUUGAAAUUCUUAAAGUAAGUGACUUCAGAAACAGCCUCGCGGGUUCCAAUCCCUAUCAAGCUCUUUCUCCCCCAUUGCUUCCGAAGGCUCCUAACAAGAACCCACAAAAAAUGAGACUCACUUCCAUAGUUGUGGGGUCAACUUCCGGCUUCAUUCUGCUAUCUCUCAUCGUUUUGCUGGCUUAUUGUCAAUUGGCCAGAGCUGCAACCAAUCAAGAAAAUUCACAGUGGGGACCAAAAUCAUCGGCGACGUCAAAAGCAAAUACCUGCUCAUUGUUACCAUCCGAUUUAUGUCGUUACUUCUCAAUAAGCGAGGUAAGAGCAGCCACUAAUAAUUUUCAUGAUAGUUUAAUUAUUGGUGUCGGAGGGUUUGGUAAUGUCUACAAAGGCCACAUUGAGAACGGUUCAGUUCCUGUGGCAAUCAAACGGCUCAAACAAGGUUCACAACAAGGGCUUAAAGAGUUUGAAACUGAGAUUGAAAUGCUUUCUCAACUUCGACACCAUCAUUUGGUAUCCCUCAUUGGUUACUGCAAUGAUGACAAUGAGAUGAUCCUUGUCUAUGAGUUCAUGGCUCGUGGGACGUUUCGUGAGCAUCUUUACGAUUCCGAAAACCAACCACUUUCUUGGAAUCAAAGGCUGGAGAUUUGCCUUGGUGCUGCGCGAGGACUACAUUAUCUACAUACAGGUGCAAAGCAAGCAAUCAUCCAUCGCGACGUGAAGUCGACAAACAUCUUAAUAGAUGAGAAUUGGAUGGCCAAGAUUUCGGAUUUCGGACUGUCCAAAAUGGGGCCUGGGGGUAUCUCUAGAUCUAACAUUAACAUAAGCACAUUAGUUAAAGGAAGCAUUGGUUAUAUGGAUCCAGAAUAUUACACAUUGCAAAUCUUGACGGAUAAGUCAGACGUGUUUUCAUUUGGAGUGGUGUUGUUAGAGGGAUUAUGUGGGAGGCCUCCUAUUCUCCGUGCGGUGGACGGGGAGCGGCAAAACCUUGUAGACUGGUUUCAAAGACAUGUUCAUGAAAAUGCCAUUUAUGAGACAGUGGAUCCAUUCAUCAGAGAAAGUAUAAUGCCGGAGUGCUUAAAGGCAUAUACUGAGAUUGCACUGAAAUGCGUCGCUAAAAAUGGGAAUGAACGGCCAUCGAUGGGUGAUGUGAUGUUAGGCCUAGAGUAUUUAAUGGAGACAGUGAACAAAGCGGUGAAGACAAAGCUUGGUGGGACUCUAAAUGAGGACAUUAUUGUUGAAGAAGGAUCAGUAUUCAAUGGGUGAUGGACGUAUAGUUGAAUCUUUUAAAUAAACACACGUAGAUAUGAAACUUGUAAAUAAGUACGUACAAUUUUGCGUUUACCACUUCGUCGUUCAUCAAUUUUCAAGUUAUUAAUUGCCUGCACCAUUAUUGUACAAGAAAACAUCGCCUUCUUCUUUAUGGAGUCCAAUUUCUC